UCUCCGGUUUUCUUGGACCGUGAACGCACCAUUCUCCAUCUUCCUCCGAACAGGGAAGGGACCAACCUGCGUCCUGCUGCACCCCAUUGAAAACUCUCCGUGUUACUCAUUGAAACAGACAGUAAACACCACCGCCAUGACAGACUCCAAAUAUUUCACCACCAACAAAAAAGGGGAGAUCUUUGAGCUGAAGGCGGAGUUAAACAAUGAGAAGAAAGAGAAGAGGAAAGAGGCGGUGAAGAAGGUCAUCGCUGCCAUGACGGUUGGCAAAGAUGUCAGCUCUUUGUUCCCGGAUGUGGUGAACUGCAUGCAGACCGACAACCUGGAGCUGAAGAAGCUGGUCUACCUGUACUUGAUGAACUACGCCAAAAGCCAGCCCGACAUGGCUAUCAUGGCCGUGAACAGCUUUGUCAAGGACUGUGAGGACCCCAACCCUCUGAUCCGGGCUCUGGCCGUCCGGACCAUGGGCUGCAUCCGGGUGGACAAGAUCACCGAGUACCUGUGUGAGCCGCUGAGGAAGUGCCUGAAGGACGAGGACCCGUACGUCAGGAAGACGGCGGCCGUUUGCGUGGCGAAGCUGCAUGACAUCAACGCUCAGAUGGUGGAAGAUCAGGGCUUCCUGGACUCCCUCAGAGAUCUCAUCGCUGACUCAAACCCCAUGGUUGUCGCCAAUGCAGUCGCUGCUCUGUCUGAGAUCAGCGAGUCUCACCCCAACAGCAAUUUGCUGGACCUGAAUCCCCAGAACAUCAACAAGCUGCUGACGGCCCUCAACGAGUGCACGGAGUGGGGGCAGAUCUUCAUCCUGGACUGCCUGUCCAACUACAACCCCAAGGACGAACGAGAGGCUCAGAGCAUCUGUGAGCGCGUCACUCCUCGGUUGUCUCACGCCAACUCGGCAGUGGUCCUGUCCGCUGUCAAGGUCCUGAUGAAGUUCUUGGAGCUGCUGCCGAAGGACUCGGACUACUACAACACGUUGCUGAAGAAGUUAUCUCCCCCGCUGGUGACGUUGCUCUCAGGGGAACCAGAGGUCCAGUAUGUGGCUCUGAGGAACAUCAACCUCAUUGUUCAGAAGAGGCCUGAGAUCCUGAAGCAGGAGAUUAAAGUGUUCUUCGUCAAGUAUAACGACCCGAUCUAUGUGAAACUGGAGAAACUGGACAUCAUGAUCCGCUUGGCCUCCCAGGCCAACAUUGCCCAGGUUUUGGCCGAACUGAAGGAAUAUGCCACAGAGGUGGAUGUUGACUUUGUGCGUAAGGCUGUACGAGCCAUCGGACGCUGUGCCAUCAAAGUGGAGCAAUCAGCUGAGCGCUGUGUCAGCACUCUCCUGGACCUGAUCCAGACGAAGGUCAACUAUGUGGUUCAGGAGGCCAUCGUGGUCAUCAGGGACAUCUUCCGCAAGUACCCUAACAAGUAUGAGAGCAUCAUUGCCACUCUUUGUGAGAAUCUGGACUCCCUGGACGAGCCCGACGCUCGAGGUGCCAUGAUCUGGAUCGUCGGAGAGUACGCCGAGAGGAUCGACAACGCCGACGAGCUGCUCGAGAGCUUCCUCGAGGGCUUCCACGACGAGAGCACUCAGGUGCAGCUCACGCUGUUGACGGCCAUCGUCAAGCUGUUCCUGAAGAAGCCGUCAGAGACUCAGGAGCUGGUGCAGCAGGUCCUCAGUCUGGCCACUCAGGACUCUGACAACCCAGACCUCCGUGACAGGGGCUACAUUUACUGGCGCCUGCUGUCCACUGACCCCGUGACCGCCAAAGAGGUGGUGCUGUCAGAAAAGCCCCUGAUCUCCGAGGAGACAGACUUGAUUGAGCCCACUCUGCUGGACGAGCUGAUCUGCCACAUCGGCUCGCUGGCCUCAGUCUAUCACAAGCCGCCCAGCGCCUUUGUGGAGGGAAGUCACGGAGUGCACCGGAAGCACCUCCCUGUCCAGCACAGCAGCAUUGACACAGGCGAGAGCCCCGUGAGCGGUGGCCCAGCCGCCGCCAUGGACCAGCCACACGUUAUCCCCAGCCAGGGGGACCUGCUGGGCGACUUGCUGAACCUGGACCUGGGACCCCCUGUCAAUGUUCCCCAAGUCUCCUCCAUGCAGAUGGGUGCGGUGGACCUUCUUGGUGGAGGCCUGGACAGUUUGCUGGGGGGAGACCUGGGCGCAGGUGUUGGGGGAAGUCCAGCAGUGGGACAGAACUUCAUCCCGUCGUCCGUCCCCAGCACUUUUGCUCCGUCACCCACUCCUGCUCCUCCAGCUGUCAGCAGCGGCCUCAAUGACCUGUUUGAGCUUUCCACAGGCAUGGCCAUCACCACCGGAGGCUACAUACCCCCGAAAGCAGUGUGGCUCCCCGCGGUGAAAGCUAAGGGGCUAGAAAUCUCUGGAACGUUCACCCGCCGCCAAGGCCACAUGUACAUGGACAUGUCGUUCACCAACAAGGCCCUGCAGCACAUGAACGACUUCGCCAUCCAAUUCAACAAAAACAGUUUUGGUGUGAUCCCCACCAGUCCUCUGCCCAUUCACACUCCACUGAUGCCCAAUCAGAGUAUUGAGAUCUCCCUGCCUGUUAACACCAUUGGGCCUGUUAUGAAGAUGGAUCCACUCAAUAAUCUGCAGGUGGCUGUAAAGAACAACAUUGAUGUGUUCUACUUCAGCGUCCUCAUCCCUCUGAGCAUAUUCUUUGUUGAAGAUGGAAAAAUGGAGCGACAGGUGUUCCUGGCCACCUGGAAGGACAUCCCCAAUGAGAAUGAACUCCAGUACCAGAUCAAAGACUGCCACCUAAACGCUGACACCGUGUCUGGCAAACUACAGAAUAACAACGUCUACACCAUUGCCAAAAGAAACGUGGAAGGCCAGGACAUGCUGUACCAGUCGCUGAAGCUAACCAACGGCAUCUGGAUCCUGGCUGAGCUCCGCAUUCAGCCGGGGAACCCAAAUUACACGCUCUCUCUGAAGUGUCGGGCCCCUGAAGUGUCUCAGUACAUCUACCAGAUGUACGACUCCAUCCUGAAAAACUGAGCUCCCGAGUCACGGCUGCUCGCCUCCUGCUUCUUGAAAACACAGCUUAAAGCGGCCGUUUCUUCCCCGUGUCUGUAGCCGACUGCCAGAACAAGAGAUACCCGACCCGAAAAUGCUAAAUAAUUAUCUGAAACUUUAGGUGUAUUUUCAUGUUGAAAAGUCAUUGUCGAAUCAGUUGAAAUGAAUUGUGGUUGACGUAGUUGCAGUGUCGGUUGUUUUGGCAGUUUGAAAGCGAUGCUUAUAUUCCUGAUUACACUCCACGUUUAUAUGUUGGUGUCCCAGUGAAGACGCGUUGAUCAUUUCAUCCAUAACCCAAUAUGUUCAUGUUGUGACUGAUGGUGAAACUGUCCUGAGAAAGGUUUCGAUGAUGCCAUUUUUUCCCUCUUUUUAUUUUUUUCUAUAUUUCUCCCCAUUUUGUUUAAUUUGGAGUAAUACCAGAGUUGCUUUGUUAAUUAUUUCUUGUGAAGCGUCACAAAUAGAAACCACUAACUUUUUGUUUUGUUUUGGCCUUUAAAGACAAAGCACAUGUUGAAUAGGUUCGGUAUGUAGAUGCAGACAGCAGUUGUAGAAAACAUGUUAGUAAAAAUUAGGAUGUAAGUUAAUAAAUGUCAUAAGAGGUCUAAUAAUUCACUGCAUCUUAAUAUUUGGUGUUUUUUUUCUACUACUGUGGGUUUUAUCUAAAAUGUGCAUUUGGUAAUUUUUUUUGCAUUUGAUGUUCAGAUCAUAAGCCUCUUAUAGAAGUUUUAUCCUGCGGCCUGUUUGUGAUUUCUGUUUUGUUCAUGUCUGAUAAAUGUCUUUAAUCAAAAGAAAAAAAAAGAAAAAUAUAAUCCACAAAUACAGGGGAGCAACAUAUAAUCAAAUUGUUCUACAGGAAAAUUUGGCAACAAGACCAUAUUACCUUUUUAAUUCAACCAUUCCAAUAACCACAGUUUUUGCCAUUCCUUUUCACUUUAAGUAUCGCUAAAAUGCCCUUAUUUCUCUUCCUCUUUAAACAAGUGUGCAUGGCUUUAUAUAUAUUGUCAUUCCUAGUUCAUCGUGCAUCUACCUCCAUGUUUUCUUUUUUCUGUAAUGUGCAUUAUUUAUCCCUUUUCUCUUUUGAAUACUGUUUUUGUUGUAUUCGUGCCAGUUUAAGGUUGGGCUGAGCCAGCCAAAUUCCGGCUCACAGGACCAAGUUUUCACUGAACCGAAAUGCCAGGUUUGUGUUUUAAUAAUGUUUUGUCCUCAUGAACUAAUGUUGGCAUUGCGUGGCGUAUACACCCUCAGGCACAGAGCUGUAGUGUGGUACAGUUGUUAGUGUAUGUUGUGUUGCGAAAAAACAAAGCUUUUAUCACACUGAAAUUUAAAUAAAGAAUUCUCUCUAUUCCACAAAUGCA